GGUUGAUUCUGUUUCAUGCUAUUGCAAAGUUGAUGCCAGCUUAAAAACAGUUGCAGGGGCAAGAAAAUUUGUCCCGGGAUCGAAACUUUGCAUCCAGCCUGAUAUCAAUCCUCAUGCACACAAGACUAAGAACUCCCGCCGGGAGAGGACCAGAGUUCAGCCACCUCUACUGCCUGGACUUCCUGAUGAUCUUGCUAUUGCUUGUCUGAUCCGUGUUCCUCGUGUUGAGCACACUAAGCUUCGUCUAGUUUGCAAGAGGUGGUCCCGGCUUUUGGCUGGUAACUACUUUUAUUCUCUUAGAAAAAGUCUAGGAAUGGCGGAAGAGUGGGUUUAUGUCGUUAAAAGAGACCGUGAUGGAAGGAUUUCAUGGCAUGCUUUUGAUCCAACAUACCAGCUCUGGCAGCCCCUUCCACCAGUUCCCAGAGAGUAUGGUGAAGCCCUAGGAUUUGGCUGUGCUGUUCUAAGUGGUUGCCACUUAUACUUAUUCGGAGGAAAAGAUCCACUUAAGGGGUCUAUGAGACGGGUCAUUUUCUACAGUGCUCGGACAAACAAAUGGCACAGGGCACCAGAUAUGCUUCGAAAACGACAUUUCUUUGGUUCUUGUGUUAUAAAUAACUGCCUUUAUGUGGCCGGUGGAGAAUGUGAAGGAAUCCAAAGAACACUCCGUUCAGCUGAAGUUUAUGACCCCAACAGGAAUCGCUGGAGCUUUAUUGCUGACAUGAGCACAGCUAUGGUGCCCUUUAUCGGGGUAGUUUAUGAGGAAAAGUGGUUUCUAAAAGGACUUGGGACCCACCGGGAGGUCCUGAGUGAAGCCUAUAACCCUGAAACCAAUACAUGGACGCCAAUCAACAAUGGGAUGGUUGCUGGUUGGCGCAACCCAAGCAUCUCUAUGAAUGGGAAACUCUAUGCCUUGGAUUGCCGUGAUGGAUGCAAGCUUAGGGUUUAUGAUGAAGCCACAAAUACGUGGAACAGAUUUAUUGACAGCAAGCUCCAUCUAGGGAGCUCUCGAGCUCUGGAAGCUGCUGCUCUUGUUACCCUUAAUGGAAAGCUCUGCAUUAUUCGUAACAACAUGAGCAUCAGUCUGGUUGAUGUCUCAAGUCCUGAUAAACAAGUGGAGAGUAAUCCUCACCUUUGGGAAAAUAUUGCUGGGAAAGGUCACUUCAGGACUCUUUUCACAAAUAUAUGGUCAAGUAUUGCUGGCCGAAGUGGAUUAAAGAGUCAUAUUGUGCACUGUCAGGUGCUUCAAGCAUGAAAUUUUGCAAUUAUGUUACUCAUGUUUACUGACUGAAAAUGCUCCGUCCUCUUCAAUUGGUGAUGACAGUAUUUUCACAUUCCAGAUCAGCAGUUGCAGUUAAUCAACAUUGGUUUCUCCACCUUUUGAACCUUAUAGCUGCAUUAAUUCUCGUUUUACUUUCUGUUGAUACUUUUUAUUGGAGACUGAAUCAACAGUGAUCCGUCAAUGAUUGGGCAAUACUCACAUACAAAGGGUUUGCUGAUGGUGAGGCUUGAGGAGAUUGAAAAUGGUGGCUAGAACCGUGCCAAUGUUUGAAAUUGAUAGAGAACGGAAUGGUAUUGGAUCUCCAUUGGCAACUCUUGCACAAUGUUCGAUUUGGGAACCAAUGGCAUUUGCAACCAUGGAAUGGUAAACAUGCAUUUACAAGGAGAGGGUGAACUAGUUGAUUAUUUUGGCAAUAGAAUUACAAGGCAAUUUCCAUUCAUUCAUGAAGAGGGAGGAGAUAGCUUCUAGAGUUGUAAAUUUUUGUCAUUUGGAUCCAGAGAGGUAAAUGUCUUCCUUUUGGGAUCAUAUUAGUUUGUAGUCUUGGACAUCCUUGUGAAUAUGAAUAGGUU